AUGAAUUAUGUUACGUUCAACCAGGACUACACCUGCCUGGCAGUUGGGACUGCCAAAGGCUUUCGAAUAUACCAUACCGAUCCAUUUUCGAAGAUAUUCACGGGGGAUAAUGAGAAUGUAACUAUAAUUGAGAUGCUAUUCUCAACUUCCUUGGUGGCCAUCAAGCAGUCACCUAGACAUAUUGUAAUUCAGAACACCAAGAGAGGCACGGUUAUAUGCGAACUCACAUUUCCAUCUGCGGUUUUGGCAGUGCGACUGAAUCGAAAACGGUUUGCCGUGUUGUUGGAGGAAGAAAUAUAUUUAUACGAUAUUCAAAACAUGGGCCUACUAUACACAAUCUCUACAUCAGCAAACCCAAACGCCAUUUGCGCUCUAUCUGCUUCAUCGGAAAACUGCUAUUUGGCAUACCCAUUACCAAAGCCCAGGGAAGAGACGGGAGAUAAGAGGCCGGCCCAUGCACCGCCGCUGUCCCCAUACGUCGCACCGACGUCUGGAGAAGUCCUUAUAUUUGAUGCAAAAUCAUUGAAAGCCGUAAAUGUGGUUGAGGCACAUCGGGCACCACUGUCAUGCAUUGCACUGAAUAAUGAUGGAACUUUGCUGGCAACGGCGUCAGAAACAGGAACAAUCAUUAGGGUAUUCUCGGUACCGGAUGGACAGAAACUAUAUCAGUUUCGAAGAGGCACAUAUCCAUCGACUAUUUUUAGCCUGUCAUUUAACAUGAGCUCUACAUUGCUUUGUGUGUCUUCCAAUUCGGAUACAAUACAUAUAUUCCGACUCGGCGGGCCUGUUACGGGUAUGCCAGAGUCCCCGCGAUCUCCAAAUGGUAAAGAUAAAUGGAAACGGUCCCGGAGUUUUGAUAGUGACAACGGGUCUCCUCCAGCUGGGACAUCACCUGGUAGUGAGAUGGCAGAUGUACCAGUUGAAAAAUCCAAGUCCACUGGCACUUUUGGGAGCAUGAUCAGGAGGUCAUCGCAAAUGAUGGGUAAAAGCGUUGCCGGAGUCGUUGGAGGAUACCUACCCCAGGCUGUCACAGAAAUGUGGGAACCGGCGCGGGAUUUUGCUUUCAUCAAAUUACCAAAAGGAGGAAUGGGAGCUACUUCUCGAAGUGGCCCACUCAAGAGUGUUGUGGCAAUAAGUAGUAGCAGUCCCCAAGUAAUGGUGGUAACAAGCGACGGAGGUUUCUACAUUUACAGUAUAGACAUGGAAGCGGGAGGAGAGGGAGUCCUGGUUAAGCAGUAUUCAGGGCGACGACAGUCUAGAGCCGCUAGUUAA